ACGCCCCCUCGCUUAAUGUACUUCCGGUGUUGUGACCUUUGUUUACAGUCUGUCACUUCAGAAAAGAGAUCCGCUCGUUUGCUAUAAAUAUACACGUUCUCCGCGCUUGUUCUAUUUACGGAACUAUCAGUGUUCAGAUAGUGAUCCUCCAAACAUGAUUUGCAGCAAAGUGGAUAGCCGUCGACGUUGUGGCUCGGAGAGUGAACGGAGGCGACAACAAGUGAGCUAGCUAACUAGCUAGCUUGUUUCGGUGCUACCCGAUCGUCUCCUCCUGGCUGUCACCUCCUGCAACUCAGCCGGGCGUUUCCGCAAGAAGACCCGUGGACACCAACGCCAGUCGGGCCGUAGCUACCCCAACAGCCUAGUGAGGACUCCGUUUUUGUGUUGCCCAUUAGCUAAUAGUGGUCGUUUCACUACCAUGGCCUGCAGCUUCUUCAACACGGAUGAGGCUUCUCCGGCAGGUCUGACAGACCUUUGCCUGACCUUUGUGAGCCAGAACCUGGAGUGUUUCUGCGUGAAGCGUCCCGAUGGAUCUCUGUGUUUCAGGGAGGCUGUGCUCUUCCCUCAGGAGCUAGCAGACCAGCUGUUGGCUAAAAUGGCCACAGAGGGUCUGUUGAAUGACAGCACGGUUGGUGUAUUUCGGAGUAGCGAGUACCUGCGGCUGAGGCGAGCGUGCAUCCGCACCGCACGAAUAUCUGCUGAGGCCUUCCAGAGAGCCCUCUGUCCUCACAGGCUGUCAGAGCUGGAUGCGGCCAGGGUCAAUGCAGACCUCACCAUCCCCGAUAUUCUGCAUGGACUGGCAACUAAUAAAUACUGUCAGGAGUCCCUCCAGCGACUUGUCCUCACGGGCCUCACCAUGUCCUCCCUAGAGGAGCCCACCCGACACGGCUUCAGCUCCCUCCAGGGCUUGCGCUCGCUGUCCCUGGCCAACGUGGACUUCUACGACUCGGGCCUGGCAGACGUGUGCGCCCUGCCUCGGCUGGAGAGUCUGGACCUGUCCAACACGUCAGUCACCAACCUGAACCCGCUGCUGGGCCUGAAAGAGAGGCUGCGCUCGCUCACGCUGCACCAGCUCAAAAGGCUGGAGAUGAGCACCGCGCAGCUGCUGGGCGUCAUCGGCCAGUUGGAUGUAUUGCAGCACCUGGACAUCAGCGAUGAUAAACAGUUUACCUCCGACGUUGCUCGUCAGCUGCUUGGACAACCCGGCAUACUUCCUGCUCUCGUUUCCCUGGACGUGUCCGGAAGGAAACAGGUGACAGAUGCUGCUGUUAAGGCUUUUGUUGAGGAAAGACCUGGAAUGACCUUUGUGGGACUUUUGGCCACAGAUGCAGGUUUUUCUGACUUCCUUUCUGGGGACGGAAACCUGAAAGUCACAGGGGAAGCCAAUGAAACGCAGAUCUGCGAGGCGCUGCGCCGCUACGGCGAGAGGGAGGGCUUUGUGAGAGAAGCUCUGUUUCAUCUCUUCAGCCUCACACAUGUCAUGGAGAAACCUCGACCUGACAUUCUUAAGCUUGUAGUUUUAGGCAUGAAGAACCACCCCGCCACUCUCAAUGUCCAGCUAGCGGCCAGCGCCUGCGUGUUCAACCUAACCAAGCAGGACCUAGCAGCCGGGAUGCCGGUUGGGCUGCUGAGCACCGUCACUCAGCUCCUUCUGGAAGCCAUGAGGACGUUUCCCAACCACCAACAGCUGCAGAAGAACUGCCUGCUGUCUCUUUGCAGUGACCGGAUUUUACAAGAGGUGCCAUUUAACAGGUUUGAAGCUGCUAAGCUGGUGAUGCAGUGGCUCUGCAAUCACGAGGACCAAAAUAUGCAGAGGAUGGCUGUAGCGAUCAUUUCCAUUCUGGCUGCGAAGUUGUCCACAGAACAAACAGCUCAGCUGGGAGCAGAGUUGUCCAUCGUCAAGCAACUCCUCCACAUUGUGCGUCAGAAAGCCACACAAGGCAUGGUGGACGCCACCCUCAAAUUUACACUCAGCGCCCUCUGGAAUCUUACUGACGAAUCACCAACAACCUGUCGCCAUUUCAUCGAGAAUCAAGGACUGGACCUGUUCAUCAAGGUUCUAGAGUCCUUCCCUAACGAGUCGUCCAUUCAGCAGAAAGUUCUGGGUCUCCUGAACAACAUAGCGGAAGUGGGCGAGCUGCACGGUGAGCUGAUGGUGCAGACCUUCCUGGACCACAUCAGGACCCUGCUGCACAGUCCAGAAGUGGAGGUGAGCUACUUCGCCGCCGGAAUCUUGGCGCACCUGACGUCACGAGGGAAGGACGCGUGGACGCUCAGGCCAGACCUCAGAUCCUCACUGCUGGAGCAGCUGCACGCGGUCAUCAUGAAGUGGCCCGCACCCGACUGUGAGAUGGUGGCGUACAGGUCGUUUAACCCCUUCUUUCCUCUUCUGGAGUGCUUCCACACGCCCGGGGUGCAGCUAUGGGCGGCGUGGGCCAUGCAACAUGUGUGCAGCAAGAAUGCCUCGCGGUACUGCAGCAUGCUGUUGGACGAAGGCGGCCUUCAGCAGCUGGAGCGCGUUCACGCCAACCCACAAACCCACCCGGAUGUCCAACUGUUGACCGAGAGCAUUUUGGAGAGUCUGGAACGUCAUCGGGCGCGCACGGGGCAGCUGACUGGACGCCGCCUGCCGCCCCUAUGAGCUCCUAAGACGGUAACUUCCUAAACAAGAGGAUCCGAUCUACCAGUAUAGGAUGUGAUCUUAUCGAGAAUCCCCCAAUUGUACAAAUAGAAGGACAGAGGGUACGCACUUUUUUUGCACACGAACACUCUAAGCUUAUUUAUAUCCUUUGUGUUGGUUUUAAAACCAAAAAUAUAUUAUAUUUCAGCGAAUGUGUCAAGUAUGCUUAAAAAUCAGUACGAGAUUUCAGCAUUUAUGGACUGUUUGACAAUGGAUUAAAAAAAAUGCAGCAUGACGUGUGGUCUGGAGCAUAUUGGGACUUGUGUCAGUUUGGGGACGCCUGUGCUCGUUUGUUAGCUAUUCCCUCUCCAAGAGGCGGGACAGUCUGCUUGCUGAAGACAUUUGAAAAUGGUCAGAAUGAAAUCACAGCAAGGAGACUUUUUGCUGUAAAAAAAACUAAAGGCAAUAUGACCAGGUACGGUGGUCUGUACUGUCUUGUAGGCUCCUCAAACUGCACUGGCAAUACUCUCUGUACUCUCUAAAUGUGUUGGUAAGCUUGUCGGCAUGUUUGUGUGCAUUUUUAAAAAGUAUUAUAAAAUAUGUACAUAGCAUUACAAAAAGGUAUUGGCUUGUUCAUGAACAGCUUGAAUUUAUUGUAUAUUCUUGAGUACUGUACUAUUGACUGUUUUUUUCUGAUCAUUUGAGUGAUUGUAAUAAUUAAAAAAAACCCAAAACAAACAAUGGAGGCACAGUCAAAAAGGUCGAGUAAACACUUACCUGCCACCACUUUUUUCAUUUCUUUUUCUUUGCUGUCACUUGUGCCCGUCCCAAAAAAAGCCAAAGAAAUAGCAAAACACAUGAUCGUGAUUGGAACCUUUGAGCCACGUUUUACCACUUUUGGUUCAUCUCUACAUUGUGUCGUCUUCUGAGGAAUUCCACUUUGGGAGUGCCACUCUAGUAAGUGCAAAAAGAAGUACACAAUUCACUGUGUGAUUCUGGUUGACUUUCUGGUUCAGAAUCAAAAGUUAUUCUGCUGCUUGUACAGUAGAACUUCUUGGGUGUUAACUGUCAUAAAAGUGUAAAAAGAAGUUAAGUACAAAUACAGUGGAACCUCCCCAGUUGAGCACAGUCUGUCCGGUGAAGCUGGUUGACUUCCAAGUUGUUCAAGUUUUGACAAAUAAUCUACAGUGAAUUAUUUGCUUAUCGAAACCUGCGAGUUUUGAGUCAUAAUUUUAUUAGAAGGACUUGUUUGAACUCCAAAUUGUACCACUUUAAAGGUGUUUGACCAAGUCAUGCAAGUGUAAAAACAAGUUAUACAAAUACAGUGGACCCUCAAGUUGAACACAGUCUAUCGUCUUAGGCUGGUUGACUUACAAGUUUUCCACUUAGAAUUAAUGUAAAGUGAAUUACUCAUUCAUCAAAACUCCAGAAUUUUGUUUUGACUUGAAACAUUUUUCUUGAAAUCCAUUCAGGCAUUUGACGAUAGUUAAGUCAUACAGACAGACGUUUUGACAGAAGUGUCAAAAGAAGAAGUUAAACAAUAAAGUGGAAGCUCCACAGUUCAAGAGUCUUUCUCCUGAAGCUGGUUGACUUCCACGUUGUUCAAAUUUUACCAUUAGAAAUAAUGUAAAGUGGAUUAUUCAUUCAUCUCAACAUUUAACUUUUGAGGGAUAUUUGUCCAGAAAACUUUGGUUGAACUCCAAAUUGUACCACUUAACAGAUGUUGGAAAAGUUGUCAGUCUACCCUGUGAUGCUGGUUCACUUUCAAGUUGUUCAAAUUGUCCCAUUAGAAAUAAUGUGAAUUAUUCACUCAUCAAAACUCCCAAGUUUUAACUUUUGAGGCAUAUUUUUCCAAAAAACUUUGGUUGAACUCCAAAUUGUACCACUUUUGAGUAUAGUUUGACUAUAUUUAAAGAAGGUAUAGUACAAAUACAGUGGGAACCUCCACAGUUGAACAGUCUGUCUUGUGAAGCUGGUUGACUUCCAAGUUGUUCAAAUUUCCCCAUUAGAAAUAAUGUAAAGUGAAUUAUUCAUUCAUUGCAACGCCCACGAUUUGUUAACUUUUGAGGCCUAUUUUUCCAGACAACUUUGUCUGAACUCCAAAUUACGCAUUUUUGAAGUGUUCAACAAUCGGUAAGUCAUAACAUGAUACCACUUUUGAGACAUUUGACUAUCGUUUAGUGAUGUGAUGCUGGUUGACUUUCAAGUUGUUCCAAUUUAGAUUUUGAAAUAAUCCAAAGUGAAUUAUUCAUUCAUCAAAACGCAGUAGUUGAAACUCCCAUGUUAACCACAAUCCUUUUGGGGAUGCUGGUUGACUUCCAAGACUUUUAAGGCACAUUUUUCUAGAAAAUGUUUGGUUGAGUUCUAAAUCAUACCAUGUUUUUCAACUGCUGUACUUGUAUAGCUUCUUCCUACACUUAUGACAUAACUAUGGUUAUCGGUGUCUUUGAUACACUUUUAUGAGGUUUGUCGGUUCAACAAUGCGCUUUGCUACAAAGUGUUCACUUUUUUUCUAAUUAGGAAAUAAAAAAUGUAUAGGUUUACAUUGUUUUAUUGAAUUUUUUUCAUAUGUGAGACACAUUUUCGGCUUAUUGGCUUCCUGAAUUAAUUUACUGUAGUGGUUUCAGCUUUGUAAGUGCCAUUCAUGUGGAGAUUUUACAUAUACAGUUUAUAAAAAAACAAAAAACAAAGUGGUUCAUCACCAAAAACAAAAAUUAUUUGCCAGUAUAUCGCGGAGGUCUCUUUUCUAUGAAUGCCGCCAUUCCCUCGCGUCUGUCCCGUGUCGGGAUGACCUAAAAAGGACAAACCAGACUGUUUAUUAGGUACACCUGCACCAUACAAUAAAAAGUCCUUUCUUACCUGAGCAUAGCACAUUCUCUCUAUCGCCAUUGCUGAGGUGAUGUCAACCUAAUGCAGUGAAAUCUCAGUCAGCACACAAGCACGAGGACAAAAAAGGACAACUUCCCAUCACAGUGUACCUCAGUGCCUCUGUUCAUUGCCUCUUUUGCCAUCCGCACGGCGAUGGGAGCCUAGAACACGAGAGAAGGACAGUUCCACCAAUCAAAAGUCAGCAUUAUCAUAUUUGUGAAGGCAGACGUGUGAUUGUAUUGGAGCUCAUUAGUGGUCAUUGUCAGUGUUUAUAAAUGUAGCGUGUUGGCCCAUUUCUCAACUCUGGCCCGGCCGACUGCAGGCAUCUGAGCUGGAGUAGAAGAAAUGUGGAACGACAGAAGCCCGGAGAGAAAGAUGAGAGGAGGGGUUGUGGAGCGGAGGAAGUAGUGGAGAUAGGUGGUUAUUUAAAAAAAAAAAAAAAAAAAAAGGAUGAGGAAGUUGCCUGGAGGUGGAGGGGGUGAAUUGGAGGUGUUCUAACCUGCGGCAGGAUCUCUCUGGCCAGGCUGAGUGCUUCUGAGUAAGCGGCAUCUCCAGUCUCGUUCUGGUCCACCGCUCGGUUCACCAGGCCCAUCUCCAUUGCCCCCCGCCCUCCCACGCGCUUCCCUGACAAAAAAAAAAGUAUGCUGUGCUACUGCUCCAUGCACGUUCCAUGCAGUGAUUGUUGUGUUACCACCUGUGAAGAUCAGCUCCUUGGCCAGAGUGAUGCCUACGGUGCGCGGCAGCCGCUGACUACCCCCUGUGCCGCACAAGACCACCUCAAGGUCAGCCCCACCGGGGGGAAAAAACGUCCUUAUUAAUGUGUGUGUCUUACCGGCCCCUGGAAGCAGCCCCCGUGUUGUCUCAAUCAAGCCCAUCUGGGCCGAAUAUGCUGAGCUCGGGACAAAACAGAGCAGAAGGACGAGUGAAGGUGGGUCGCAGAUGAGCGUGAUUAAGGUGGUGAGGGGUGCCAAAAUGUGUGACUGAUCCCUAAUGUCAACAACACCUGCUAACCUCGCUCAGCCACGGAUUCUCCCAUCAUGUGUGG